GCUUAGACUGUGUUGCUAGUUUGGAACUGAUAACAGUGGAAAAAUGUCUCAGUACUCAGGAAAGAUCGUGUUCUAUGAGGGAAAAUGUUUCACUGGGAGGAAGCUGGAGAUCUGCAGUGACUGCGACAACUUCCAGGACCGUGGCUUCAUGAACAGGGUCAACUCUGUCCGUGUGGAGAGCGGGGCCUUCAUCUGCUUUGACCACCCAGACUUCAAGGGCCAACAGUACAUUCUCGAGCACGGAGAGUACCCCGAAUUCCAGCGCUGGAAUGCCCAUAACGAUCACAUGGGCUCCUGCAGGCCAAUCAGGAUGCACGGAGAGCACUACAGGAUGGAGCUGUUCGAGGCAGACAACUUCUCUGGCCAGUGUGUGGAGCUGUGCGACGACUGUCCGUUCCUGCAGGCACGAGGCCUGACCAAGAGCUGUGUCAACUCCGUCAAGGUUUAUGGAGAUGGAGCCUGGGUGCUGUAUGAGGAGCCCAACUACCGCGGCCGCAUGUACAUUGUGGAGAGAGGAAACUACUGCACCCACACAGAGUGGCAGGCAGAGAACCCCAACAUCCAGUCCAUUCGCAGGGUGGCAAACUACUUCUGAAGCAUCUCAUCACCGUCACAGGCAACGUGCCAGCGGGGAUGAGAUCAUCCACUGAGGAGAAACAUGCCACACUGUCAAGUAAUCUCCCGCUGACUCUGUGGGGCUGUAAAAUAAUAAAAGAUGAAGAAAAUGUU